CGCGACAGAGCAGCUCCCUACUUCCGGUGUGGAUUGCAAGCGAGCAACCUGCAACUCACGUCAGAUUAGAAAGUCGCAGCGAAUUUGAUGAGUGUGACGUCCAAGAUGUUGGCCCUCAUAAACCGGCUUUUGGACUGGUUCAGGUCUCUGUUUUGGAAAGAAGAGAUGGAACUUACACUCGUGGGACUUCAGUACUCCGGGAAGACCACAUUCGUCAACGUGAUUGCUUCAGGCAACUUCAGUGAAGACAUGAUUCCUACAGUUGGAUUCAACAUGCGGAAGGUCACAAAAGGCAACGUGACCAUAAAGAUAUGGGACAUUGGCGGACAGCCUCGCUUCCGAAGCAUGUGGGAACGCUACUGUCGAGGAGUCAAUGCUAUUGUGUACAUGGUGGAUGCAGCAGAUCAGGAUAAGGUAGAAGCCUCCCGAAAUGAACUCCACAACUUAUUGGAAAAACCACAACUACAAGGAAUCCCGGUUCUAGUCCUAGGCAACAAACGAGACCUAGCCAACGCGCUGGAUGAGAAGCAGCUCAUUGAAAAAAUGAACCUGUCUGCCAUUCAGGAUCGGGAAAUCUGCUGCUACUCGGUGUCUUGCAAAGAGAAAGACAACAUAGAUAUCACACUGCAGUGGCUCAUCCAGCACUCAAAGUCACGGAGAAGCUGAAAGUGCAAUAUAGCUGCGGCCUCAGCCCCGAACACUUAUGGGUCCUCCACAGUCAUCCCUUCAUCUCCCUCUGUGAAGUACUUGAGCUCUCUCUGCCUACUACCGCCGCACGCCUGCACCACCAGUCACUACUACUGUAGCUGUGUAGCCUCUGUACAGCACUAUUAGAGCAACUCUUCUCUGGAGUGCUAGAAGACGGAUUGUUCAUGCCCAUCAUGCCUUACUGCCCGUCCUUGUGGCCAUUCCUCCACACAGGAGUCAAACGACAUUGCAGUUUCCUGUUCUCAUAAUGCCCCGCAUAACAUCACAAACAUAUUUGUUUGGUGUUGACAGUGCCGUUGUGGUUUUUAUUAAUGUUUGCCAAAUAAGGAUUGCGCUCUGCCUUCAAUCGCCAAUGAACUCUUAGCAAUGUAGCCUUCACUUAUUUGGCAGUAGGCAUGGAAUUACCUAAUUUAUUGCAAGGCUUGAAUUCAUGUUUGUACAAAGAUAAAUAGAAGGUAAAAGGAUGGGUGAUUGUUGCAUCAGAAAUAGGCCCGCAGGUUUUUAAGUGCCUUUUGGCCGAGUGAGAGCUCCAACCAGACGACAUCAGUCAUUGGUUAAGGCUAUGUCUAACAUAUGACACCAUUGCAGACCAACUUCCUUGAAUACACAACAACCAUCUCUUGAGAAUCUUCACUCAGAAGAUGUCACAUGAUUGAAACACAUUGAGAAAUUGUUACAUUUCAGUCAGUGGGAUUUCAGUGCCUAUUGCCUUUUGUGUAGCUUGAAAUGUGAGGGAUACUUUACAGGUCUUUUUAAAUAUUGUGGAAGUAAUAUCGGUGUGCCCAAGUAAUCCUUUAUAAUCCUGAUUGUGUUAGGAACAGAAAGCCAGUGUUCGUCAAGAUCAAUCCGUAAAUCACAGAGUGCAAAAGAGUUGGACGAUCAUUUGGAGUCUCGAGGUGUGUAAAUGCCACGAAAGAGUGAUUGUCAUUUCCUUCUGGUGACAAGACUGUUUUCUCCCUUUUAUCAAAGUGAUGCUUUAAUCAUUUAUGUGAAUCUGCCCCAUGGUAGGCACUUGGUUGCUAUGUCUCCAAUCAUUUCCUAAAUUGCGUUUGUUCAUACGGUCAUCUUGUCUGUGCAAUCAUUACACGCUCCAUGUCGUCAUGUUGUCCUGUCUAUUGGUGAUGAGCAGAAUACUAAUUAUCGAGUGUCGUGCCCGCCGCAGAAGUGAAGGGCUGUAAAGUCGGGUGACUGAGGAAACUUGGGGAAUGAAAAGCUUUGUUCACUGUGUAAUACUAGAGCAAUUUGUAUGUGCAUGUGCUAAUAUUAUUCACGUUCAGUUGCAGACUUUGUAAAUAAGAAGUUGGCAUUUUAAUUCCAAAAAAUGCACUUGUAGAUGUCAUGGCCAUGUGAUUGCUAAUAAAUGUGUUUUUUUACUGGG